AUGCCUCCACCACCGCCACCCACUACCACUAUCAAGAGAAGCACCAGCGACGGCGGUACCAUCAUACUAAACAAGUACCAACUCACCCACCUCUUGGGUCGUGGCAGUUUCGCAAAAGUCUACCAUGGCCGCUCUCUCAACGACAGUUCCUCCGUCGCCGUUAAGGUCAUCGAGAAACCAGCCACCGUAGAUCCGUCGAUGGAGCCAAGGCUUGUCCGUGAAGUCGCCGCCAUGCGGCGGCUGAAUCAUCCGAACAUUCUUAAACUCCACGAAGUCUUAGCGACAAAAACCAAGAUUUACUUAGUGAUGGAACUCGCCACCGGCGGAGAACUUUUCACCCAGCUCACCCUCCGCGGACGGAUGAAAGAGGGCACCGCCCGUCUGUACUUUCAACAACUCGUCUCCACCCUCCACUUCUGUCAUCAAAACGGCGUCGCACACCGUGACCUCAAACCGCAGAAUCUCUUACUUGACAAAAACGGAAACUUAAAAAUAUCCGAUUUUGGACUCUCGGCGUUGCCGGAAUCUAAAAAAGACGGCCUCCUACACACUGCAUGUGGAACUCCGGCAUUCACUGCGCCGGAGAUUGUCCGGGGGAAAGGCUACGACGGCGCUAAGGCGGAUGCUUGGUCGUGUGGGGUGAUUUUAUUUAACUUCCUCGCUGGGUAUUUACCGUUUGAUGACAGUAACUUACCGGAGAUGUACCGGAAAAUCCACCAACGUGAUAUUCACUUCCCCGACUGGAUUCCGAAGCAUCCCCGGAUCAUAAUUCAAAAACUUCUCGAUCCAAAACCAAAAACCCGAAUGAGCAUCGAGAAAUUAAUGAGUCUUCCAUGGUUCAAGAAAUCUUUAAAACCUGAUCCAACCCUGGAAUUGUACGAAGAAAACGAAUCUAUUGAUUUGAAUUCGAUGAAGUACAAGACGUCCAUUAAUGCGUUUGACAUAAUCUCGAUGUCAUCAGGGUUAAAUUUAUCGGGUAUUUUUGAAGAAAAAACGACCAAAAAAGAGCAGCGGUUUACCUCCACGGCCAAGGCGGAGGAGAUAGAGAAGACGGUGGCGGAAGUUGGGGAGAGAUUAGGAUAUCGAUUGAAGAAGAGUAAAGAUAAAGAGAACUGCAGUAAGAGAGGUGAUGUUGUUCGGUUGGUGAAAGGGAGUGCGAUUGUUGUGGCGAAGGUGAUGGAGGUGGUGCCGGAGUUGUUGUUGGUGGAGUUAUCGGUGGUUGAUGGCGGCGAUGGGUUUAGUGAGGUUGAAUGUGAAGCGUUGAAAGUCGGGUUUCAAGAUAUCAUUCUUUCAUGGCAUAGUGAUGUACAGUGA